ACAUCGUCGCAUCCCUCGCAUCCAUCUGCUCACCCGAGCCUGCGCACCGUCACACACGCCGCCUGAGCAUCCACGCCGCACCCGACGCCGCAGCCGCGCCGUCUGCCUCUCUCCCGUCCCGCCGCCUCCACCCCCUCCACCUCUCGCCCAGCAUGGAGGCCAUCAAGCUACAGCGCAAAUACCCGCAAUUCUCGCAGCAGGAGAUGAUGGCGCUCAUCCAGCGCUUCCACCAGAUCGACGUCGAGGACAAGGGCAGCGUCGGCAAGCAGGACGUCAUCAAGGCCAUCACCGACGCCGGCGACGCCACGUACGACGAGGCGCGCGAGACGCUCAAGGAGGUCGACGUCGACUCGGCGGGCCGCGUCGAGCUCGCCGACUAUGUGGACCUGCUUGCCAAGCUGCGUGCUGGACGCAACGCCGGCGCUGGCGAGGCCAAUGCCAAGGGCAAGGUGACGGUGAAGGGCUCGAAUGCCAACGUGCAGCACACCAUCAACGAGGACGAGCGCACCGAGUUUACGCGGCACAUCAACCAGUCGCUGGCCGGCGACGUGCACAUCGGCUCGCGCCUGCCCGUGCCCACCGACACGUUCCAGCUGUUCGACGAGUGCAAGGACGGUCUCAUUCUGUGCAAGCUGAUCAACGAUGCGGUGCCCGAGACCAUCGACGAGCGUGUGCUGAACGUCGGCAAGGGCGGCAAGGCGCCGAACGCGUUCCAGAUGACGGAGAACCAGAACAUCGUCAUCACCUCGGCCAAGGCCAUCGGCUGCAGCGUCGUCAACGUCGGCGCACAGGACCUGAUCGACGGCCGCGAGCACCUCAUUCUCGGCCUCAUCUGGCAGAUCAUCCGCCGCGGCCUGCUGAGCAAGAUCGACCUGAAGAAUCACCCGGAGCUGUACCGCCUGCUGGAUGAGGACGAGACGCUGGACGAGUUCCUGCGGCUGCCGCCGGACCAGAUCCUGCUGCGCUGGGUCAACUACCAUCUCAAGGCUGCUGGCUGGGCACGGCGGGUGAAUAACUUCAGCAAGGACGUCUCGGACGGCGAGAACUACACGGUGCUGCUGUCGCAGCUCAAGCCGGAGAGCUGCGACCGCGCGCCGCUGCAGCAGAAGGACCUGCUGCAGCGUGCCGAAAUGGUGCUGCAGCGCGCCGACGCCAUCGGCUGCCGCAAGUACCUGACGCCCGGCUCGAUGGUGGCGGGCAACCCCAAGCUGAACUUGGCCUUUGUGGCGCACCUCUUCAACACGCACCCGUGCCUCGAGGCGCUCGAGGAGCCGCCGCCGAUGGAGAUUGAGGACUUUGACGCCGAGGGCGAGCGCGAGGCGCGCGUCUUUACGCUCUGGCUCAACUCGCUCGACGUUGACCCGGGCGUGUACAACCUGUUCGAGGACCUCAAGGACGGCACGGUGAUCCUGCAGGCGUUCGACAAGGUCGUGCCGGGCUCGGUGACGUGGCGGCGCGUGUCGAAGGCCAAGGAGGGGCAGGAGCUGUCGCGCUUCAAGGCGGUGGAGAACACCAACUACGCCGUGGACCUGGCCAAGGGCAACCAGAUGCACAUCGUCGGCAUCCAAGGCGCGGACAUUGUCGACGGCAGCAAGACACUCACGCUCGGCCUUGUGUGGCAGCUGAUGCGCCUCAACAUCUCCAAGACGCUCGACUCGCUCGGCAAGGGCGGCAAGGGCGUGUCGGACCAGGACAUGGUGCGCUGGGCCAACGGCGUCGUGCAGGGCGCGGGCAAGAGCAGCAGCAUGCGCAGCUUCAAGGACCCCAGCCUCAAGACGGCCCACUUCUUCCUCGACCUGCUCGAGGGCAUGCGCAAGGGCAUCGUCGACUACUCGCUCGUCACGCCCGGCAGGACGGAGGAGGAGCAGCGCAUGAACGCCAAGCUCGCCAUCUCGAUUGCACGCAAGCUCGGCGCCCUCAUCUUCCUCGUGCCGGAAGACAUCGUCGAGCUGCGCCAGCGCCUCAUCCUCACGUUUGUCGGCUCGCUGAUGGCACUGCAGGCAUGAUCGCACCUGCGAGCUCCAGCCUUUCUGCUGCACGCGCACUGCACCGCCCGUCACUGGCCUUCUUCCCUUGCUCUCGGAGCGUACGCUGCGCUGCCGCCCUUUGCUGUACAUAUCCUAUGCUCUCCUUCGCCCGCUCCUCUGAAAAAACCGCAGCUGUGCUCGCCCGAUCGCUGUGCGCUCUGGUUUUGCGAGUGUGUAUUGCCGCGCUCUCUUUCCUCCCUUCCUCACGCAGC